AUGGAAGCCAAGUUUUUGGAGAUCCAAAAAGACUUUGAGAAACUCAACUUUACAUCAAAGAGCCUCCAAAAGGACUCUCAACAAAAGCAGAGGGAUAUUGAGCUGGAUCGCCUGGAGCUGAAGACUUUCCGCAAACACCUGGAGAAGUCCUGGAACAGGAACAUGGAGGCUCUCGAGAAUAGGUUGAGGCGUGAAAACGCCGCUGGGAUUAAGAAGUAUCCCGAGACACUGCCGUAUUUGCAGCCAAUGCCCCCCAGCAAGGAGCCACAGCACAGCCAAAGGAGGCCAGUGGUCCGUGGCGGUGGCUCCCAUGUGCCACCGAGCUCUGGCAACCAUCAGAGCAGCAGUUUCAAACUGCCACCUGUUCAGGAUUCUCCCCGUACGAGUGCAUUUCUGCAGGGACUCGUGACCCGCCCCAACAAGGUUCUUCGCGAGGAAUUUGGUGGGAUAAAGGCAGAACUCUCCCGCAUAUCAGAGGACAUGAAGAAGUUCCAGGAGGCACAGACCCUGAUGGUUUCCCAGCAUCAGGAGGAGAUUGAAAAGUUAAAGGCUGGCCAGCGUCAUGUGUCGGAGGAAAUGAAGAAGGUCCUGAUGUCGCGGGACCAGGACAUGACUCUCAUCCAGGAUCUGCGUGAGGAGGUUGACAAGAUAAAGACAACACAGCUCCUCAUGGAAGGAGACAUAAAGAAGCUUAAGGAGUCUCUUGCCUUAGAUCAGGAGCUGAGACAGCAAAUGGAAGCCAAGUUUUUGGAGAUCCAAAAAGACUUUGAGAAACUCAACUUUACAUCAAAGAGCCUCCAAAAGGACUCUCAACAAAAGCAGAGGGAUAUUGAGCUGGAUCGCCUGGAGCUGAAGACUUUCCGCAAACACCUGGAGAAGUCCUGGAACAGGAACAUGGAGGCUCUCGAGAAUAGGUUGAGGCGUGAAAACGCCGCUGGGAUUAAGAAGUAUCCCGAGACACUGCCGUAUUUGCAGCCAAUGCCCCCCAGCAAGGAGCCACAGCACAGCCAAAGUGCAUUUCUGCAGGGACUCGUGACCCGCCCCAACAAGGUAGGGAUGAUGAAGGUUCUUCGCGAGGAAUUUGGUGGGAUAAAGGCAGAACUCUCCCGCAUAUCAGAGGACAUGAAGAAGUUCCAGGAGGCACAGACCCUGAUGGUUUCCCAGCAUCAGGAGGAGAUUGAAAAGUUAAAGGCUGGCCAGCGUCAUGUGUCGGAGGAAAUGAAGAAGGUCCUGAUGUCGCGGGACCAGGACAUGACUCUCAUCCAGGAUCUGCGUGAGGAGGUUGACAAGAUAAAGACAACACAGCUCCUCAUGGAAGGAGACAUAAAGAAGCUUAAGGAGUCUCUUGCCUUAGAUCAGGAGCUGAGACAGCAAACGGAAGCCAAGUUUUUGGAGAUCCAAAAAGACUUUGAGAAACUCAACUUUACAUCAAAGAGCCUCCAAAAGGACUCUCAACAAAAGCAGAGGGAUAUUGAGCUGGAUCGCCUGGAGCUGAAGACUUUCCGCAAACACCUGGAGAAGUCCUGGAACAGGAACAUGGAGGCUCUCGAGAAUAGGUUGAGGCGUGAAAACGCCGCUGGGAUUAAGAAGUAUCCCGAGACACUGCCGUAUUUGCAGCCAAUGCCCCCCAGCAAGGAGCCACAGCACAGCCAAAGGAGGCCAGUGGUCCGUGGCGGUGGCUCCCAUGUGCCACCGAGCUCUGGCAACCAUCAGAGCAGCAGUUUCAAACUGCCACCUGUUCAGGAUUCUCCCCGUACGAGUGCAUUUCUGCAGGGACUCGUGACCCGCCCCAACAAGGUUCUUCGCGAGGAAUUUGGUGGGAUAAAGGCAGAACUCUCCCGCAUAUCAGAGGACAUGAAGAAGUUCCAGGAGGCACAGACCCUGAUGGUUUCCCAGCAUCAGGAGGAGAUUGAAAAGUUAAAGGCUGGCCAGCGUCAUGUGUCGGAGGAAAUGAAGAAGGUCCUGAUGUCGCGGGACCAGGACAUGACUCUCAUCCAGGAUCUGCGUGAGGAGGUUGACAAGAUAAAGACAACACAGCUCCUCAUGGAAGGAGACAUAAAGAAGCUUAAGGAGUCUCUUGCCUUAGAUCAGGAGCUGAGACAGCAAAUGGAAGCCAAGUUUUUGGAGAUCCAAAAAGACUUUGAGAAACUCAACUUUACAUCAAAGAGCCUCCAAAAGGACUCUCAACAAAAGCAGAGGGAUAUUGAGCUGGAUCGCCUGGAGCUGAAGACUUUCCGCAAACACCUGGAGAAGUCCUGGAACAGGAACAUGGAGGCUCUCGAGAAUAGGUUGAGGCGUGAAAACGCCGCUGGGAUUAAGAAGUAUCCCGAGACACUGCCGUAUUUGCAGCCAAUGCCCCCCAGCAAGGAGCCACAGCACAGCCAAAGUGCAUUUCUGCAGGGACUCGUGACCCGCCCCAACAAGGUAGGGAUGAUGAAGGUUCUUCGCGAGGAAUUUGGUGGGAUAAAGGCAGAACUCUCCCGCAUAUCAGAGGACAUGAAGAAGUUCCAGGAGGCACAGACCCUGAUGGUUUCCCAGCAUCAGGAGGAGAUUGAAAAGUUAAAGGCUGGCCAGCGUCAUGUGUCGGAGGAAAUGAAGAAGGUCCUGAUGUCGCGGGACCAGGACAUGACUCUCAUCCAGGAUCUGCGUGAGGAGGUUGACAAGAUAAAGACAACACAGCUCCUCAUGGAAGGAGACAUAAAGAAGCUUAAGGAGUCUCUUGCCUUAGAUCAGGAGCUGAGACAGCAAAUGGAAGCCAAGUUUUUGGAGAUCCAAAAAGACUUUGAGAAACUCAACUUUACAUCAAAGAGCCUCCAAAAGGACUCUCAACAAAAGCAGAGGGAUAUUGAGCUGGAUCGCCUGGAGCUGAAGACUUUCCGCAAACACCUGGAGAAGUCCUGGAACAGGAACAUGGAGGCUCUCGAGAAUAGGUUGAGGCGUGAAAACGCCGCUGGGAUUAAGAAGUAUCCCGAGACACUGCCGUAUUUGCAGCCAAUGCCCCCCAGCAAGGAGCCACAGCACAGCCAAAGUGCAUUUCUGCAGGGACUCGUGACCCGCCCCAACAAGGUAGGGAUGAUGAAGGUUCUUCGCGAGGAAUUUGGUGGGAUAAAGGCAGAACUCUCCCGCAUAUCAGAGGACAUGAAGAAGUUCCAGGAGGCACAGACCCUGAUGGUUUCCCAGCAUCAGGAGGAGAUUGAAAAGUUAAAGGCUGGCCAGCGUCAUGUGUCGGAGGAAAUGAAGAAGGUCCUGAUGUCGCGGGACCAGGACAUGACUCUCAUCCAGGAUCUGCGUGAGGAGGUUGACAAGAUAAAGACAACACAGCUCCUCAUGGAAGGAGACAUAAAGAAGCUUAAGGAGUCUCUUGCCUUAGAUCAGGAGCUGAGACAGCAAAUGGAAGCCAAGUUUUUGGAGAUCCAAAAAGACUUUGAGAAACUCAACUUUACAUCAAAGAGCCUCCAAAAGGACUCUCAACAAAAGCAGAGGGAUAUUGAGCUGGAUCGCCUGGAGCUGAAGACUUUCCGCAAACACCUGGAGAAGUCCUGGAACAGGAACAUGGAGGCUCUCGAGAAUAGGUUGAGGCGUGAAAACGCCGCUGGGAUUAAGAAGUAUCCCGAGACACUGCCGUAUUUGCAGCCAAUGCCCCCCAGCAAGGAGCCACAGCACAGCCAAAGUGCAUUUCUGCAGGGACUCGUGACCCGCCCCAACAAGGUAGGGAUGAUGAAGGUUCUUCGCGAGGAAUUUGGUGGGAUAAAGGCAGAACUCUCCCGCAUAUCAGAGGACAUGAAGAAGUUCCAGGAGGCACAGACCCUGAUGGUUUCCCAGCAUCAGGAGGAGAUUGAAAAGUUAAAGGCUGGCCAGCGUCAUGUGUCGGAGGAAAUGAAGAAGGUCCUGAUGUCGCGGGACCAGGACAUGACUCUCAUCCAGGAUCUGCGUGAGGAGGUUGACAAGAUAAAGACAACACAGCUCCUCAUGGAAGGAGACAUAAAGAAGCUUAAGGAGUCUCUUGCCUUAGAUCAGGAGCUGAGACAGCAAACGGAAGCCAAGUUUUUGGAGAUCCAAAAAGACUUUGAGAAACUCAACUUUACAUCAAAGAGCCUCCAAAAGGACUCUCAACAAAAGCAGAGGGAUAUUGAGCUGGAUCGCCUGGAGCUGAAGACUUUCCGCAAACACCUGGAGAAGUCCUGGAACAGGAACAUGGAGGCUCUCGAGAAUAGGUUGAGGCGUGAAAACGCCGCUGGGAUUAAGAAGUAUCCCGAGACACUGCCGUAUUUGCAGCCAAUGCCCCCCAGCAAGGAACCACAGCACAGCCAAAGUGCAUUUCUGCAGGGACUCGUGACCCGCCCCAACAAGGUAGGGAUGAUGAAGGUUCUUCGCGAGGAAUUUGGUGGGAUAAAGGCAGAACUCUCCCGCAUAUCAGAGGACAUGAAGAAGUUCCAGGAGGCACAGACCCUGAUGGUUUCCCAGCAUCAGGAGGAGAUUGAAAAGUUAAAGGCUGGCCAGCGUCAUGUGUCGGAGGAAAUGAAGAAGGUCCUGAUGUCGCGGGACCAGGACAUGACUCUCAUCCAGGAUCUGCGUGAGGAGGUUGACAAGAUAAAGACAACACAGCUCCUCAUGGAAGGAGACAUAAAGAAGCUUAAGGAGUCUCUUGCCUUAGAUCAGGAGCUGAGACAGCAAACGGAAGCCAAGUUUUUGGAGAUCCAAAAAGACUUUGAGAAACUCAACUUUACAUCAAAGAGCCUCCAAAAGGACUCUCAACAAAAGCAGAGGGAUAUUGAGCUGGAUCGCCUGGAGCUGAAGACUUUCCGCAAACACCUGGAGAAGUCCUGGAACAGGAACAUGGAGGCUCUCGAGAAUAGGUUGAGGCGUGAAAACGCCGCUGGGAUUAAGAAGUAUCCCGAGACACUGCCGUAUUUGCAGCCAAUGCCCCCCAGCAAGGAGCCACAGCACAGCCAAAGUGCAUUUCUGCAGGGACUCGUGACCCGCCCCAACAAGGUAGGGAUGAUGAAGGUUCUUCGCGAGGAAUUUGGUGGGAUAAAGGCAGAACUCUCCCGCAUAUCAGAGGACAUGAAGAAGUUCCAGGAGGCACAGACCCUGAUGGUUUCCCAGCAUCAGGAGGAGAUUGAAAAGUUAAAGGCUGGCCAGCGUCAUGUGUCGGAGGAAAUGAAGAAGGUCCUGAUGUCGCGGGACCAGGACAUGACUCUCAUCCAGGAUCUGCGUGAGGAGGUUGACAAGAUAAAGACAACACAGCUCCUCAUGGAAGGAGACAUAAAGAAGCUUAAGGAGUCUCUUGCCUUAGAUCAGGAGCUGAGACAGCAAACGGAAGCCAAGUUUUUGGAGAUCCAAAAAGACUUUGAGAAACUCAACUUUACAUCAAAGAGCCUCCAAAAGGACUCUCAACAAAAGCAGAGGGAUAUUGAGCUGGAUCGCCUGGAGCUGAAGACUUUCCGCAAACACCUGGAGAAGUCCUGGAACAGGAACAUGGAGGCUCUCGAGAAUAGGUUGAGGCGUGAAAACGCCGCUGGGAUUAAGAAGUAUCCCGAGACACUGCCGUAUUUGCAGCCAAUGCCCCCCAGCAAGGAGCCACAGCACAGCCAAAGGAGGCCAGUGGUCCGUGGCGGUGGCUCCCAUGUGCCACCGAGCUCUGGCAACCAUCAGAGCAGCAGUUUCAAACUGCCACCUGUUCAGGAUUCUCCCCGUACGAGUGCAUUUCUGCAGGGACUCGUGACCCGCCCCAACAAGGUUCUUCGCGAGGAAUUUGGUGGGAUAAAGGCAGAACUCUCCCGCAUAUCAGAGGACAUGAAGAAGUUCCAGGAGGCACAGACCCUGAUGGUUUCCCAGCAUCAGGAGGAGAUUGAAAAGUUAAAGGCUGGCCAGCGUCAUGUGUCGGAGGAAAUGAAGAAGGUCCUGAUGUCGCGGGACCAGGACAUGACUCUCAUCCAGGAUCUGCGUGAGGAGGUUGACAAGAUAAAGACAACACAGCUCCUCAUGGAAGGAGACAUAAAGAAGCUUAAGGAGUCUCUUGCCUUAGAUCAGGAGCUGAGACAGCAAACGGAAGCCAAGUUUUUGGAGAUCCAAAAAGACUUUGAGAAACUCAACUUUACAUCAAAGAGCCUCCAAAAGGACUCUCAACAAAAGCAGAGGGAUAUUGAGCUGGAUCGCCUGGAGCUGAAGACUUUCCGCAAACACCUGGAGAAGUCCUGGAACAGGAACAUGGAGGCUCUCGAGAAUAGGUUGAGGCGUGAAAACGCCGCUGGGAUUAAGAAGUAUCCCGAGACACUGCCGUAUUUGCAGCCAAUGCCCCCCAGCAAGGAGCCACAGCACAGCCAAAGGAGGCCAGUGGUCCGUGGCGGUGGCUCCCAUGUGCCACCGAGCUCUGGCAACCAUCAGAGCAGCAGUUUCAAACUGCCACCUGUUCAGGAUUCUCCCCGUACGAGUGCAUUUCUGCAGGGACUCGUGACCCGCCCCAACAAGGUUCUUCGCGAGGAAUUUGGUGGGAUAAAGGCAGAACUCUCCCGCAUAUCAGAGGACAUGAAGAAGUUCCAGGAGGCACAGACCCUGAUGGUUUCCCAGCAUCAGGAGGAGAUUGAAAAGUUAAAGGCUGGCCAGCGUCAUGUGUCGGAGGAAAUGAAGAAGGUCCUGAUGUCGCGGGACCAGGACAUGACUCUCAUCCAGGAUCUGCGUGAGGAGGUUGACAAGAUAAAGACAACACAGCUCCUCAUGGAAGGAGACAUAAAGAAGCUUAAGGAGUCUCUUGCCUUAGAUCAGGAGCUGAGACAGCAAAUGGAAGCCAAGUUUUUGGAGAUCCAAAAAGACUUUGAGAAACUCAACUUUACAUCAAAGAGCCUCCAAAAGGACUCUCAACAAAAGCAGAGGGAUAUUGAGCUGGAUCGCCUGGAGCUGAAGACUUUCCGCAAACACCUGGAGAAGUCCUGGAACAGGAACAUGGAGGCUCUCGAGAAUAGGUUGAGGCGUGAAAACGCCGCUGGGAUUAAGAAGUAUCCCGAGACACUGCCGUAUUUGCAGCCAAUGCCCCCCAGCAAGGAGCCACAGCACAGCCAAAGUGCAUUUCUGCAGGGACUCGUGACCCGCCCCAACAAGGUAGGGAUGAUGAAGGUUCUUCGCGAGGAAUUUGGUGGGAUAAAGGCAGAACUCUCCCGCAUAUCAGAGGACAUGAAGAAGUUCCAGGAGGCACAGACCCUGAUGGUUUCCCAGCAUCAGGAGGAGAUUGAAAAGUUAAAGGCUGGCCAGCGUCAUGUGUCGGAGGAAAUGAAGAAGGUCCUGAUGUCGCGGGACCAGGACAUGACUCUCAUCCAGGAUCUGCGUGAGGAGGUUGACAAGAUAAAGACAACACAGCUCCUCAUGGAAGGAGACAUAAAGAAGCUUAAGGAGUCUCUUGCCUUAGAUCAGGAGCUGAGACAGCAAAUGGAAGCCAAGUUUUUGGAGAUCCAAAAAGACUUUGAGAAACUCAACUUUACAUCAAAGAGCCUCCAAAAGGACUCUCAACAAAAGCAGAGGGAUAUUGAGCUGGAUCGCCUGGAGCUGAAGACUUUCCGCAAACACCUGGAGGAGUCCUGGAACAGGAGCAUGGAGGCUCUCGAGAAUAGGUUGAGGCGUGAAAACGCCGCUGGGAUUAAGAAGUAUCCCGAGACACUGCCGUAUUUGCAGCCAAUGCCCCCCAGCAAGGAGCCACAGCACAGCCAAAGGAGGCCAGUGGUCCGUGGCGGUGGCUCCCAUGUGCCACCGAGAUCUGGCAACCAUCAGAGCAGCAGUUUCAAACUGCCACCUGUUCAGGAUUCUCCCCGUACGAGUGCAUUUCUGCAGGGACUCGUGACCCGCCCCAACAAGGUUCUUCGCGAGGAAUUUGGUGGGAUAAAGGCAGAACUCUCCCGCAUAUCAGAGGACAUGAAGAAGUUCCAGGAGGCACAGACCCUGAUGGUUUCCCAGCAUCAGGAGGAGAUUGAAAAGUUAAAGGCUGGCCAGCGUCAUGUGUCGGAGGAAAUGAAGAAGGUCCUGAUGUCGCGGGACCAGGACAUGACUCUCAUCCAGGAUCUGCGUGAGGAGGUUGACAAGAUAAAGACAACACAGCUCCUCAUGGAAGGAGACAUAAAGAAGCUUAAGGAGUCUCUUGCCUUAGAUCAGGAGCUGAGACAGCAAAUGGAAGCCAAGUUUUUGGAGAUCCAAAAAGACUUUGAGAAACUCAACUUUACAUCAAAGAGCCUCCAAAAGGACUCUCAACAAAAGCAGAGGGAUAUUGAGCUGGAUCGCCUGGAGCUGAAGACUUUCCGCAAACACCUGGAGGAGUCCUGGAACAGGAACAUGGAGGCUCUCGAGAAUAGGUUGAGGCGUGAAAACGCCGCUGGGAUUAAGAAGUAUCCUGAGACACUGCCGUAUUUGCAGCCAAUGCCCCCCAGCAAGGAGCCACAGCACAGCCAAAGAGCUCUGGCGACCAUCAGAGCAGCAGUUUCAAACUGCCACCUGUUCAGGAUUCUCCCCGUUCUUCGCGAGGAAUUUGGUGGGAUAAAGGCAGAACUCUCCCGCAUAUCAGAGGACAUGAAGAAGUUCCAGGAGGCACAGACCCUGAUGGUUUCCCAGCAUCAGGAGGAGAUUGAAAAGUUAAAGGCUGGCCAGCGUCAUGUGUCGGGGGAAAUGAAGAAGGUCCUGAUGUCGCGGGACCAGGACAUGACUCUCAUCCAGGAUCUGCGUGAGGAGGUUGACAAGAUAAAGACAACACAGCUCCUCAUGGAAGGAGACAUAAAGAAGCUUAAGGAGUCUCUUGCCUUAGAUCAGGAGCUGAGACAGCAAAUGGAAGCCAAGUUUUUGGAGAUCCAAAAAGACUUUGAGAAACUCAACUUUACAUCAAAGAGCCUCCAAAAGGACUCUCAACAAAAGCAGAGGGAUAUUGAGCUGGAUCGCCUGGAGCUGAAGACUUUCCGCAAACACCUGGAGGAGUCCUGGAACAGGAACAUGGAGGCUCUCGAGAAUAGGUUGAGGCGUGAAAACGCCGCUGGGAUUAAGAAGUAUCCUGAGACACUGCCGUAUUUGCAGCCAAUGCCCCCCAGCAAGGAGCCACAGCACAGCCAAAGUGGCAAUUCACAGAUGAAGAAAGAGAUGGAAGACUAUAAGAAACACACGUCCAAGGUUCUUCGCGAGGAAUUUGGUGGGAUAAAGGCAGAACUCUCCCGCAUAUCAGAGGACAUGAAGAAGUUCCAGGAGGCACAGGUGUGUGGUUCUCAAGGUCAUAUUUCCAACAUGUCUGAGACAGAGACUGUCUACAGACAAGUCUCUGACAAUGCUUUCUCCUAG